UCUGAGCUGCCAUCGCUCGUUCCACUUCCCUCACCAUUUUCACCUAGUUUCCAACGCUUUUUUCUACAAAAUUUCAUACACAAACAGUUAUCUCAGUGUGGAUCGUGAUCGUGAUUUGUAUAUGAAGAGAAAAAAUAAUAUAGGAUUGUAAUAAGUUGAUUAUAACGGAAAUAAAACUAAGGAAAUGGUGUAUGGCUAGAGUUUCUACGACGGUUUACACAUCAAACGGAUCGGCGAAGUCUAGAUCAUCCGAAUGUGACACAAGGUAGUGAGAAAAUGACGAAGUUAAUUGAAUUUGAAGAAUGCUUGAGGGAUACGCCAAAAUUUCGAUCACGAAUCGAGGAAGAGGAGGGCAACAUAGAACAGCUGGAGCAAAAGUUGGAAAAGGUGCUGAAAAACUGCAGCAUGAUGAUCGACGCCGGAAAAGCAUAUGUCGGUCAACAAAGUUUAUUCGCGAAUAGUCUCUGGGACUUAUCGACGUAUUUCAACGACGAUCCGGAAGUGAUGGCAUUUCUGAACAAGCUGAUUCACGCUGUACAAGAAAUGAGCAAAUUCCAUACCAUCUUACUCGACCAGGCGUCCAGAACUGUCGUUAAAGAUUUGAGUUCCUUCAUAAAAAGUGACAUAAAAGAGGUGAAAGAUACGCGCCAUCACUUUGAAAAAAUUUCAUCAGACCUGGACGUGGCACUGAAUAAGAAUUCUCAAGUUCCAAGGAACCGGCCAACCGAGUACGAGGAGACGUCAAAUUUUCUUUCUGCCACACGAUCAUGUUUCAGACAUACGGCUCUGGACUAUGUUCACGUUUUGACUAUGCUGCAGGCGCGCAAAAGGCACGAGAUACUUGGCACUCUGCUGAAUUACAUGCACGCUUGUUUCACCUACUACCAUCAAGGCAGUGACUUGGCCCAGGACCUGGACCCCUUUUUAAAAGGAUUGGGCGACGGUCUCCUCAAAAUGAGAGGCGACACGGACAAACUCGAAAAAGAAAUGGAAAACCGGCAUAUCUACGUAACGAAUCGAGAUCUCGUUCCCUCGCCCUCACCGGGAAGCCCGAAAAUGGAGGGAUAUUUGUUCAAGCGGACAAGUAACGCUUUCAAGACUUGGAAUCGAAGAUGGUUUUGCCUGAAAGAUCAUCAACUGGUCUACAGAAAGCGGACCGGGGAGGAGGAUUACACCGUAAUGGAAGAAGACCUCAGAUUAUGCUCGGUCAAGCCGGUCGUCGACAGCGACAGGAGGAACUGCUUCGAAGUUCUCAGCCCAACAAAGAGCCACAUUCUUCAAGCGGACAGCGAGGAAAUGUACCUCGCAUGGGUGGCUGCGAUGCAACAAGCGAUCGGCGCCGCGAUUCAACGAGGCACGGGCACCGGUUCGAAUCAAAAUACUCUCGCACCCCAUAACCGGACCUCCAAAGGGCCCACAAGACCCCCACCCAAACCCAAGUCUAGAGUAUGGGAACAGCUUCUAAAAAUUCCUGGGAACGAUAGCUGUUGCGAUUGCGGUGGUACGAAUCCGAGAUGGGCGAGUAUCAAUCUGGGGAUUACUCUUUGCAUUGAAUGCUCCGGCGUACAUAGAAGUCUUGGGGUGCAUCACAGCAAAGUUAGAUCGUUGACGCUGGACGAUUGGGAGCCGGAAAUACUCAAAGUCAUGGCAGAGUUGGGCAACACGGUUGUCAACAAUGUUUACGAGGCUCUGCCGAUACCAUCGGAUAUUAUCAAAGCUGAGCCGAAAUGCAACGGGAGCGUUCGCGAGAUAUGGAUUAAGGCCAAAUACAUCGAGCGCCGUUUCGUCAAGCCCUUGGCGUACCUGACCUCGACGGAGCACAGGAUCAGCCGUGAGAUGAUGCCCUUCCAGCGAUGGAGUGUGAGAAAAUUGCGACGUAGGCCACGAAGUCACGACAAAAGUGACAGCCAAAGUCGGAACAAGCAUUUGGCACUUCUCUCAGUGACCGAAACUCCAAAUUCUACGAGCUCCGAGGACGGUGAGGUGGCUUGGAACGACGGCAUCGAUUCUGUGGGAAAAUGCAGGCCCGCGGAUCAGAGCUCGCUAAGUUCGGAGGGCAGCCCGAAUUUGGACUCGAUAAACCGAUCAACGUUCUAUUCGAAAAUAUCGAUCGAUGCCAAAAACGAAUCCGACUUACAGAAAACUGAAGAGGCAAGCAUAACUGCGGAGGUGGAAACCGCGCAAGAAUUGACGAAGCAAGGCGGCGCGAAAAUCGACGUCGAGUCGAAAGAUUCGAGAAUCGCGAGGGCGGAGGAUGUCUCCGGAGGCAAUUUGUCAGAGAGAAUCUAUAACUCGUCGAAUUCGGACCCGAGCAAGGAGACCGGCGAACCCCCGCGAGUCAAAGACGAGUCGAACAACGUGUUGAUGUUCGGUUGCGAUUUGCCGAAACCAACGAUAGACGGGUGCCUGGAACUCAGCUCCGAUCAAGACUCGACAGCUGGUGAGGACGAGGAGUUUGCGGACGAGGAGGACAUAGGGAACUUACACCCCGAGAUGUUGCUGUACAAAGCAGCAGCAGCUCAUAAUCUACCCGUCAUGUGCGCCGCCCUCGCAUCGGGGGCUGACAAAUUGUGGAGCAACGUAAACGACAAGGGGCGCAGUGCUCUCCACCAGGCGAUUGUUAGCGGGUCGGUUAUGUCCUGCGAGUACCUGUUGCUCAACGGUGUCAGGAUAAACUGCCAGGAUUCCGAGGGGAAAACGCCCCUGCACUUAGCAACGGAAUUAGGACACACGGCUCAAGUCUGUCUGCUUCUCAAGCAUCGUGCCAAUCAACACAUUCGGGACGGGAGCGGUGUCGAACCACUCGCGAUCGCGGUACAGGAGGCUAACGCCGAUAUCGUUACUCUAUUGCGGCUGGGCCGCCUGAACGAGGAGAUGAAAGAUUCGGACAUAGCUGGGGUUACCGGAGACGAGACUUUCAACGACGUUGUGCGGGACUUCAGCCAGCUGGCGUGUUCGCACCCCGAGAGGCUGCAGCGUCGUACCGAAAAUAACGCAUGGCCGAAUGCCCUGGACUGAUUAUCAGAAUUAGGUAAAAAAAAAAGGAAACUAGCGUCGAUGAAUAUUUUUCUUGCAACUUUGGGACAUCCAAAGCAUAGGAUUCGUAUUUCACGGUCUUAAUCGAUCGUUGAGUCCUCACCUUCGUCGUUAUUGACCCUUGUAUUAUUGUCGUCGCGUAACAUCAACAUCAACACUCCUACUACGUCACGGUCAUCGUCGCCACCGCUGCCCCCCCCCCCAUCAUUGUUACCGUUGUGAUUGUUAUAUACUCUUACCGUUAUUAGCAUCUCUACGAUCACUGUGAUCACUGUGAUCGUAAUUACGAUCAUCAAUAUUGUUGUUAUCGUUGUCAUUAUGUACAGAGAUCUCCUUUAGGACAUGUACCUUCGUCAAGUAGAUCCGAUCAACGAAAUUCCGGGGAUGAUGGGAGAUCAAGUCCUCGAGAAUUAGGUAACCCGAAAGCUAGGAAAAACCAGGACGUAAGUGACUUACUGCAUUUACAAAAUCAUUGAAUUACCUGUUUGGCACAUCUCGCUGCCAUAUACCUGAGUACGCACAGAACAUAGCAUAGCAUCGUAUAGGUAUAAUAUCAACCCAUUUUGAAGCCAAAAUUAUCAUACCUGUCAUCUAAUCUGUGCGAACUAAUUUUAACACAUAUGUUAUGGUCAUCGGCGCAUCUCAAAACACGAUGUCAUGUGUGACUUAUGUAAGUUAAGCACGCAAUAACCUUAGGACAUCGUAGCUUCAGGAAACUACUGAAUUCACACGAGUACAUGUUCAAUGUUAUACGGAUCAGUGACUUGUGCGUGCAGGUCGGUAGUGUGUGAAAGAAUUCACGUUCGAUCGAUCACGAUGCGAAUACAAUUUCUAUCGACAAGCAUCGAAAUAUAUUUCAUUAGACAGGAGCCCAAAUCUAAUGAACAUGAUACAAGAUUCAUCCGCAUCUGUAAGCAUCGACGUCUUUCGAAUCAUCUCACAAUAUGCUACUUGACGUACGUCAUCAAACCGCUGAUCAUUUUUUCCAUAUAAUCAAUAAGUAGCGCGCGGUUCACUUAUCAAAUAUACGUUAUACACACAUAAAUAUGUUCACAACCAAGCGUGCGUGAAAGAAAUAUCUCGUUGCCAAAUUUUUAACAUACAAAUAUUUAUAAGCGAAGCACAGAUCUGAAUUGUUUGUAGCGGUCGGUCGAUUCGACACAUGCUCAACCGUAUUGACGAAGAAUUUUACUCGCGUCGUUGCGUGUACAUAUUACCAUAGAUAUAUUGAUGUCACGUAAACUGUAACGACUAGGGAUGAAAGGUACACGCGGCUCAUUAUCACGUGCAUCGUAACAAUGUCUUCGAUCAUCGCCCCGGAUCCGUAAGUGCAUGCUCUUCACGGCAAUGGGGCAAACAUAUCAUGGCUUUUGAUUCUUUACGAAUACGGCUUGCUCGUGACCAACGCUAUUUCAUAAUUAUGGUUUUCGAUGACGAUCGCUCGCGACUCAUUUAGAAUCUAAGAAAGUUACUACAGUCGUAGCGAAGUGAUCGUGUACGGUAUUCCAAAAGGUGACACGUUACUGCUGACAAAUAUGAAAUGAAUGAGUAUCAGAAUAGACCUUGCAGCUGUAGGAUAAAUUUUUCCGAAAUUUUCAUAUAAUUUCACAUGGUAGAGCUUCAUUCGUUCGACCUAAUGAGUCCAAGUGUAACUAUCCUCUUUGAUUUCUUCUUCGAGAGUUGGGUAUGGAACGAUCGUUAAAUUGUACAGUUUCAUGAGCGUGUCGGGAUUGUUAUCCAGCUAACAAUAAGUCUUCCAACCACGUGUACCUCUGUUCUUCGGACAGUUGCGUUUUUUUAUUCUAUUUUUUUGUCUUUUAUUUUCGGCAUUUAAACUUACCACACUCGAAUUUCCAUUAGUAUUUGUAAAGUGCGAUAUCACCCUUUUUGCCAACAAAUCGCGACAUUUUUUGCAUCUUGUACAUCACCGCAGGUGUUUCGAUACUCGUCAUUUUUUCAACGGCAGAUUUUGUAAAAUGUUUCGAAUGGAAAAUGGAUCCCCUAGAUCCAAGUAAAACCCAGUUGCCCGAUAGGUCGAAGCCUCGUCGUAAAUCCAAUACGUAUCGAGGAUGCGUUAUUGCAAAACCGAUACAUACAUUCCUACAUGAGAUUUAUACGUUUAUGCAGAGAAAAUGGAUGGAUAUACACGACUACUUUUGUGAGGGUGUUGAGCGUUUGUACGUCAUCGCGGAUAUGAAUGGUAAAGAUAGAGUAAGAAUUUCCGUUUGUUUGAAUAUGUACACGAUAUUCGCCACAAUGUUUAUGGCAUCAAAAUUAUAGAGAAACCAAAAUACACACGAUUUUGAAUACAA